UAAAUGUAAGAUGCGGCUUCAUGUUCUCCCAUUGAGUCCAUAGUUCUUCUAAAUGGCUUUUGUUUAAUCAAAUCAAUGGGUUUUUCUUGAUUGUUUAAGAUGCUUCUUGGGGUGCAAUUAUGCGAGCUAGAUCCUGUUAAUAUCAGAUAGACUUUUUUCCAAAUGUUUAUUUGUUCCAUAGCAUAUAAUAACGCCCAACUUCUGUAAUCUGUAACUCGAUGCAAUCGAGAAUAAAGGGCCGUUACUGAAUAUUGUAAGAAAGGAAAGCUUUGUCUGAAUGCUGUUAUUGAGGAAAAUACAAUGUUGAACUUCCUAACCAUAUUUUAUAUAUAAUAACUUGAAUUGUUUCUCCAACAAAAAAUAGAACACUCAAAAAUGGAUGCCAGGCAAAUCCUCAAGAUUUGCAAAUCAAGGUGUAAAAAUUAAACUGCCUUGACUUUUGCAUUUUGUCAAGAAUUAAGUGUUUCAACACAAAUUAUUUUGAAUUUUUAAUCAUCAAGUGUUUGAUUGUCGUCUCAGAUAAAUAUUGUGAAUCUUUGAAAUAACUUAUAUAUUUCAAGUGUGUCAUUCUAUUGGAUCUCUUUUCCUAAAGUUUCUUUCAGAGACCAAACUCCAAAGACAUUGCUGCACUUCCGUAUCAAUUAAAAGAUCUGCUUUUGUUGGAAAUUUAGAAAUUAAAGUGAUAUGCCAUGACGUAGAUGCAUGGUCAGGUUUGACAAGGAGCUCAACAAACAGGUUGCUAUCAAAGUGAUUGAUUUGGAUGAAUCGGAGGAUGAGAUUGAUGACAUUCAGACGGAAAUUGCUGUUCUAUCACAAUGUCGUUGUCCAUAUAUCACUGAGUAUUAUGGCUCCUAUCUCCAUCAAACUAAACUUUUUAUAAUAAUGGAGUACAUGGCUGGAGGCUCUGUAGCAGACCUACUUCAAUCAGGCCAACCCCUUGAUGAAGUGUCAAUUGCUUGCAUUUUACGUGACUUGUUGCAUGCUGUUGAUUAUUUGCACGCUGAAGGAAAAAUUCACAGGGACAUCAAAGCAGCAAACAUUUUAUUGUCUGAGAAUGGUGAUGUGAAGGUUGCAGAUUUUGGCGUUUCUGCUCAGCUAACUAGGACCAUAUCAAGGAGAAAGACAUUUGUAGGAACACCAUUCUGGAUGGCACCAGAGGUUAUUCAGACUGCAGAAGGAUAUAAUGAGAAGGCAGAUAUCUGGUCUCUGGGGAUCACAACAAUUGAGAUGGCAAAAGGGGAGCCUCCACUCAGUGACCUUCAUCCCAUGAGAGUGCUUUUCAUCAUCCCCCGUGAGAACCCACCACAGCUAGAUGAGCAUUUUUCUCGUCCCAUUAAAGAAUUUGUUUCAUUGUGUUUAAAAAAGCUUCCAGCUGAGAGGCCAAGUGCCAAGGAACUUCUCAAACAUCGUUUUAUUCGAACUGCUAGAAAGAGUCCAAAGCUUUUGGAAAGAAUAAGGGAGCGUCCCAAGUAUCAAAUAACAGAAGAGGGGACACCUAGAAAUGGUCCAAGAGGUGUAGGGGAGCCAUCUGAUACGAUGAAAGUGGCAAGAGAUUUAAGAGAAGAAGCCACUCAAUCCAUUUCCAGUGGUCAGGGUAAAACUGUGAAGAAUUCUGGAUGGGACUUCAGCAUCAGAGGAUCAGAGGGCACUGGAACUUUUCGCAGUGUUGCACGACCACCUCAAUAUAGAGAUAAGAAAACAGAUAUUUCCCAAUAUCAACUUGACCAAAAUAAGGCAACAGAGAGAGAAUAUCUUGGGGCAUCUUCCUAUAGAAGUGCUCUUAAUGAAUCACCAGAACCUUCCCUUGAAGAUGAUGAAUUGUCUGGGACUGGAUCAGGAACUGUUGUUAUUCGGUCUCCGAAAGGAUCACAAUCAUCACUCCUUCGUGACCAAAGCUCCCUGUCUAGCAGUAGGCAUGCUUCUUUUGAAGAUAAUUCUUCCAGUGGAACUAUUGUUGUCCGUGGUCAGCAUGAUGAUUAUGACUCUUCACAGACAGUGAGGUCCAGGCCGGGACUUAAUGAGAGAACUGCAAAUGCCUCACUUGAAGAUAGUGUCUCAAAUCUCGCAGAGGCAAAGGCUGCUAUCCUAAGGCCAAGAAAAGGAAAUACUCGAGAGAGAGUUGCACAGGGAAAGACUGGCAAUGAUUUGCAGGAAAGCAGAAGAAACCAAGUGACAAGCAGCUCUGAUUUCUCAAGAUCAUCUCGUGUAAACAAUGGUCCACAACAGGGAAUUUCAAGACUGCGCCAUACUGAUGAUGAUCAAGACAACGUCAGAAUAUUGUCAUCCUCUGUGGCAUUAUCUGUUUUACUUAUUCCUUCUUUAAAAGAGGCCUUUGCCAAUGAUCCAGAAGGGUCUACUGUACAAGAAAUAAUCAAUUCACUCAUACACAUGGAGCACAUAAAGUCUGGAUCAUGUGAUGCUCUGGUCAAAACGUUGCUUCAGAGAUUGGCCAGUUCGAAGGAAUCUUCAUUGAAGGAUCUGCAGGGGCUCGCAGCUCAAUUAUUCACCAAGGCCAAGUCAGCUCCUGAAGAAUCCCAAAAUGCAACUGCAGAAGUUGAUGCCAGGAGGAAACAACAGAACAAAGAACUUCAUUCAAAUAGCAAUCUGGGUCCUCUUGCAAGAUUUCUUCUCUCAAGAUGGCAAGGUCAAGCCUAAAGGAAUCUAAAUCCAGUCUCUGAAGUGGGGGUUAGAAGCCACCUUUUUGUGGUGCUUUUCAGUUUAUGCAUUUAACCUUAUUAUUAACUGUAAAUAGGUCGUUGUAAGAUCUUGUUUGUCAAUUUUCUAAUUAUGAUUAUCAUUCUUUUUCCACAUUCUUUUUCAUACAGAGAAGCAUUGCUGUUCAAUUACAUUAGGGUUUUGUAUGGUUUCAAAAGAUUGUUGCGUACUAUACAUUUUACUGGUGUC